UCUUUUGGAAGAUAACUAGGACAAGGCAGCUUUGGGGUGGUAACUGAAGUAAAACACAGGACUACAGGCAAAAACUGGGCCAUCAAAAAAGUUAACGGGAAAAAGGGUGGAAGUUCUGCCAUGAAGCUACUUGAGUGGGACGUGAGCAUCUUAAAGAGAGAAUAUGAUCAUAUAAUACACUUAGAAGAGAUGUUUGAGACACCAAAGCAGAUGUAUCUUGUAAUGGACCUGUGUUAGGAUGGAGAACUUAAAAAAUUUCCUUGUCGUAAAGGACAUUUUACAGAAAAUGAGCCAAGGCGCAUCAUUCAGAGUCUUGCUUCAGUAAUAGCGUAUCUUCACAAAAAUGAUAUUGUUCACAGAGAUGUAAAACUGGAAAACAUUUUAGCUAAAAGCAGUGACAUCGAUGAAGCAAAUGAAAUUAAAUUAAACAUAAAGGUGGCUGACUUCGGUUUAGCUGUACAACAGACUGGUGGCAGUGAAAGCAUGUUUCAGUCUAUCUGUGGGACCCCUGUACACAUGGCUCCUGAAGUUAUCAGUGCCUAUGACUACAGCCAACAGUGUGAUAUUUGGAGCACAGGUGUCAUUAUGUACAUGUAUCUGUUCACUGACCCUAAUUUUCUUACACCUUUUAUAGCAAGCUUAGAAGAAAAGCUUUUUGAACUAAUAAGAAAGGGAGACCUGUGCUUUAAAAAUCUGGUCUGGGAAACAGUGUGGCUGGUAACAAAACAAGUAUUGAGACUACUUCUGAAAGUCGAUCCUGCUCACCAAAUCACAGCUAAUGAAUUACUUGAUAACCAGUGGGUAACAGGAAAUCUGGCCAUUCUGAAGGCAAACCAUGUCUUGGAGUUAAUGAAGGAAUGGAAUAAUAAUCUAGACAUUGGUGAGGAAUGCAGUAUAGAAGAAGAAUCAAAUAACCCUGCUACUACCUGUCAACAGGAUGAAACCAGCGAAGCACAAGAAAGCUCUACCAGGAAUAAUGGUAACAUAGAACUUGGUACAGAAAUUGAAACAGAGAAUGGGGGCAACAAAUCCUCCACACCAGCAAAACAGUCCCCUGCAGAUGAGAUCAAAGUCAAGUCUGUUGAGAAGCUGGGCACAAAAGGCGUGUUCUACAAAAUGCAGUGA